AUGUUUGCACACCCAAAAUUCAUUCUCUUGUCAGUUCUGCUUGUGAGUUUCUUGUCAUCAUCGUCGGUUGUUCUUGGGCAGAAAAAGUAUACGUGCUGCAUGCCUCACCAUCACACAGUACAAGCAUCUGUCAGGUCUAUAUCUCUCACCGAUUGCAAAGGAAAUAGUUGUACAUUUAAUGGACAACGUAUCAUUCAUGAAAAACACAUGCCAGAUUUUUAUAACAGAAGAUACCUAUUAGAUUUAAAGAUUGAAAUGAAUGACAAGAUUGUGAGCAAUUGGCAAACAACCAUGGGAUUUAUGGAUCCCUAUCCAAGUAAUUUUGGAAUUGAGUAUGUGUUCAAUGCCACUUCAUGCACAUGCCAUCAAUUAACCAAACAAUCGCCUUACUUGAUGGUUUCUUGUGUGGACGCAGACUACACUCUUGACUCUGUCAUUGAUGUUGGCAUUGAAACGAUGGAUUUUGUCAAAGGUCAACGAUUUGUUCGAACCAUACAAUUAAACGGAACACAUACUCAACAAGAUACAAUGGUUGUACAACAGGUGAAUACGAAACAACCACCAUUUCCUCACAAGUAUGAUCCCUAUCCAGCAGAUUAUGAUUGUGCCAUUUUAUAUUCAGAAACAAAGGUUGAAACGAGAGAUCUUUUCGGCAAUUUGAAAGAGUUGCAAACCAUUUCAAGUCACUGUUGGAACUUUAAACCUUUCAAUACUGAUGCUGACUAUGUAGUUCCUUCGUAUUGUCCCAAAUGCAAUUGA